AUGGACAGAUUUCUCAAAUUAUGUUGUAUAAUCACAUUAAGUUCAUUGCUCAACUGUGUUGUAGGCAACAGUUUGAAAUUCAUAUCAUCAGAUCGCAAUUUUAGAGAUUGGGAUUUGAAGAUUGAGUUUUCUUCAACUAAAAAAGUGACAAAUUCUAUGUCAAGUACUUUUGUUUUUUCUUUUGAUUACAGUGAAUUAUCAGCGCGUGCAUCGAUCUCUCCAUUCAAUAGUUUCACAAUACAUCAUGAUGGCAAGUCUUAUCGCUGCAAUCCCUUGAUUGCUUCUUCAUUUUCAAAAAAGAUUUGCUCAACAAUCGUUGAAAAUAUUUUAUGCGACGAAAUAACUCUCCAAACAGGUCCUGGACCAUUUAACUUGAUUAUUGACUAUUUAAAUUGCAAAGAUAUCACUUUCACAGAAGCUGAAGCAGAAUUUAUUCUUGAAAUUUCCAUAGAAUUAUGCAUUGAUACUCUUGUUGUAAGAUGUCUCGAUUUAAUCGUUUCGAAACUUGAUACAAAACAAAUUUUCGAUUAUGCCUUACGUGCUUUUGAAGCUGGCUUAUCAGUAGAGCCUUUUGCCAAUCUCCUUGAGAACCACAUGACAGAAUUGAUUGAAAAUAACAUGUUUGAGAAUGUUCCAGAAGUUUUCAUCGAUAUCAUUCUUAAACGUAACAUCAAUGUAGCUCCAACGAUCUUAAUUCCAUUCCUCAUGAAGUACUUCAACUUUGUUAAGUCUCCAAACCAUCGUCUUGCAAAAUAUUAUCCAUUUUCUUCGAUUCCUCCUAAUGUAGCUGCAAAUAUCCUCAAAAAUCCGAAAGUUAAUAUAUACAGAUAUCUUUCCUUACUUCCACAGAUUACUCAGGCUAAAAUUUCAGAAACAAACGUUUCAAAUACAAUUCCUUACGUUCCAGGCCAUGAAUUUGACGGCCUUAUGUCUAAAAUAUUUUACCCAGCCAUUACAUCAUCCUCCAUUUCCCAAGGAUCACUCGAAUCCUUGUUAUAUCAAAAAGAUUAUUUUGUCAGCGAACCAGAGGACAACCCAUGGAUAAUUUUUGAUUUCAAGAUGAACACAAUCUGUAUUACUACGUAUACCAUUUCAGUUUUGUGCCAAAUCGAUGUUGGAGUCACUCCUUUCAAAUGGAAGCUCGAAGCAAGCUCAAACAAAGAGAACUGGAUCCUUAUUGACCAAAGAGAAUCAGAUCUCGCAAAAUCUCCUGGAGUUUUCUGUUUCACGGCCCAAAUGCAUUCAUUCCAUAAAUAUAUUAGAUUUACCCAGCUACAAUCUAAGCCUGAGAAAGAUAAGAGAUUGGCUUUAGAAAGAAUAGAAUUCUUCGGCCAAUUCCAAAAAUAA